CGUCACCAUCAUUGCUUGGACGGGAUCUUCCAAAAUCAUGCUCCACUUCCAACUCAGCACCACACUGUUGCUGGCAACAAUAUGUUUGUUCCAGACAACAGUCUCCAUGGAGACAGUCAUCACCUGUGACAAUGGCAGUAAUGUCCAACGCUUGAGAUGCGAUACCGGAGUGGUCCGUGUGGACGCAGCCCUGUACGGACGUUCAAACAGGGAGACCUGCAGUGAGGGCCGACCUCCACAACAACUUGCCAAUACAAGCUGUUCUCAAAAGGGCACCGUGAAUGUCUUGAAGAAUAGGUGUGAUGGCAAGAAGGUGUGUGAGAUAAACACAAAUAUCGUCCGUACCUCUGACCCCUGCUUUGGAAUCUACAAAUAUCUGGAGACCAACUACACCUGUGUCCCAGCAAUUCGUGUUGUUGCAUGUGAGGGGUCCUCGGCACAUUUGUUCUGUGAUGUAGGGCAGGUGAUAUUGGUGAUAGGAGCUGACUACGGACGCCAUGACCAGACUACCUGCUCCUACAAACGGACCGAAGCUCAACUUAGGAAUGUGGACUGCUCCGGGCCCACUAGCAAGGUUGCUGACAGCUGUAAUGGGAAAAACAGCUGUACUGUCGAUGCAAGCAACGGAGUGCUUGGAGACACAUGUGUAGGCACUUACAAGUACCUGGGGGUGGCUUACCUGUGUGAAUGCUGUCCCAUCACAAUCAUUGCUUGGACGGGAUCUUCCAAAACCAUGCUCCACUUCCGACUCAACACCUCACUGUUGCUGGCAACAAUAUGUUUGUUCCAGACAACAGUCUCCAUAGAGACAGUCAUCACCUGUGACAAUGGCAGUAAUGUCCAACGCUUGAGCCGCGAUACCGGAGUGGUCCGUGUGGACGCAGCCCUUUACGGACGUUCAAACAGGGAGACCUGCAGUGAGGGCCGACCUCCACAACAACUUGCCAAUACAAGCUGUUCUCAAAUGGGCACAGUGAAUGUCUUGAAGAAUAGGUGUGAUGGCAAGAAGGUGUGUGAGAUAAAUAUCGUCCGUACCUCUGACCCCUGCCCUGGAAUCUACAAAUAUCUGGAAACCAACUACACCUGUGUCCCAGCAAUUCAUGUUGUUGCAUGUGAGGGGUCCUCGGCACAUUUGUUCUGUGAUGUAGGGCAGGUGAUAUUGGUGAUAGGAGCUGACUACGGACGCCAUGACCAGACUACCUGCUCCUACAAACGGACCGAAGCUCAACUUAGGAAGGUGGACUGCUCCGGGCCCACUAGCAAGGUUGCUGACAGCUGUAAUGGGAAAAACAGCUGUACUGUCGAUGCAAGCAACAGAGUGCUUGGAGACACAUGUGGAGGCACUUACAAGUACCUGGGGGUGGCUUACCUGUGUGAAUGUAAGUCGCUAUUCUGUGUAGACUCUUAA